AUGCCACGUCCAUAUAUGGCUUUAUCAUUCUUACUUGCGGUAGCAAUUGGUUUGGCUCUGGGAGGAAUGUGUUCAUGGCAUUAUUAUCUAAUAAUGACAGCACAGACAACAGUAGAAUUUUAUAACAAUCAAUAUGCAAAGCGUGCUGCAAAAGCAAAAGGAGAG